AUGAUCCUAUUAAAGAAAGAUAAUAAAAUUUAUAAAGAAAUAGAUGUACAUACACUUGAUCCAAUAUCACUUGAUUCUUAUAAAAAUAUUAUAGAAAAUGAUAAAUUAAUUCUUUGUAUAUUAAUUUGUAAUACUACUAGAUAUGUUUAUAGAGCUACAGAUAUAAUUGAAAUGAGGUAUAGUAUAAUGUUUAAUACUAUACAUGUAUAUUUAUUAAAAGAUCCUAUUAGUAGAGAAGAAGUAAAAGAUGUAUAUUAUUUUAUGAGUAAAUUAAAUAAAAAUGAUGUAUUGUGUAAUAAUAAAGAAGAACUGUGUAAUAAAAGAGAAAUAUUAUUUAAUAAAGAUGAAAUAUCUUUUAAUAAUAAAAAGAAAAUAUCUAGUAAAAAUAUUAUAAGAAUAUUUGAUUAUGUUUGUAAUGAAAGAGAAUUAUUUCAAAAUGAAAAAUAUAAGAAAAUUAUUCUAAAUUAUGAAUAUAAAGAAGAUAAAGUAUGUGUAUAUGUAAUUAUUAUACUGGGAAUAUUUGGGUUAUGUAUGAUGUUUAUGUUAGUGUUUAGAAUAAUAGUAAAUUAA